AUGGAGGUUACAAUUGUGGGCUCAAUGAAUACAGAUUUGAUGUGCUACACAGAAAAGUUUCCCUUACCUGGUGAAACAAUUAAAGGGACUAAAUUUGCCACUGGAUUUGGUGGAAAAGGAGCCAAUCAGUGCGUUGCCGCUCGGAAACUCGGUGCCAUGACAUCACUCGUUUCACGCGUGGGCGACGACUACUUUGGGAAAGAUUAUGUUGACUAUCUAAAGCGCAUUGGGGUCGAGACAGGUGCCAUUAGAGUUAGCCAAACAGCAGAUAGCGGAGUAGCGAUUAUAACGGUUGAACACAACCAUGGAAACAAUAAUAUCGUUAUAAUCCCAGGAGCUAAUGAAGAAAUCUCGAUUACUGAUGUGGAAGAGGCUAAACACAAAGGACUUAUCAGUGACAAAGUUAUAGAAUGUCAAUUUGAGUCGAAUGCCGAAGCGACCCUCUAUGCUCUAGAACAAGCCAAGCGAUCUGGACUAAUUACAAUCUUGGAUCCCGCACCGGCUCCCAACAUUGGUUCCCCUUUCCUUCCUCUUCUCAAACGAUUUAUGCAGGCUUCAACGAUGGUUUGCCCAAAUGAAACCGAAGCUGCUGCAAUCACAGGAAUCCCGGUGCCAGAUUUCAAAGGGAAAAACUCCAUUCAAAUUGCUGAAUCGGCUCUAGGAUGGCUACUUAAACUCCAAGAGGAUGGAGUGACGUAUCCCUUGGUUACCCUUGGAGCUAACGGCGUGGUAGGUCUUCUCCCUAAAUGUGAAGGCGAAUCGACGAAAGCUGACGAUGUAACAAUGCUGAAAUCGGACCUAAUUACCUCUGACCGGGUUAUCUUCCACAUCCGCUGUCCUAUCUACUCGAAAGUGGUUGAUACUACAGGGGCAGGUGAUUGUUUUGCUGGCUCCCUCGCCUUCUACAUGGCUCGCUACCCUAAUAUUACAAUCGUGGAGAAGCUGCGUCGAUCAGUCUGGAUUGCCAGUCAAUCCGUCCUCCGACAUGGCACCCAAGCCAGCUUCCAUGGACGUGAUGAACUCCCCAAAGAACUUUUUGAACCCAACGAAUUCCACUGGCCGUGA